ACUAACUGCAUCUGUCCGUUUGAUAGUGAGAUCCACAGGAUGGAGCUGAAGCAGGAUCUGAAACCAGACAGGUCCAGCUCCAUCCCAUCGUUAUUCUUCUCCGGCGGCGCAGAUCCCCCACCCAAGCCAUCCAGAUUACAAGGCAACACUCUUCCCCGGGUUUCACACAUGCAGGCAGCAGAGAAGGACUGCCGGCCAGAGUGGGAGAAAGUACAAUCACAAGUGGAGGACACGUUACAAAGACAAAGAAAAGAGAUGAUGCUGGAUAAACAGUGGCUGGAGCAGGAGGAAAGACAACUGGAUCCUGUCACAAAUUCACAAAUCAAGCCACCUGAAAAAAGCCCAGAAAAUGGGCCUCCGGAGAAGCCACCAAUGCCUCCUCCAGUCACACAGCCUCGCCCCACAGCUGAGCUGGACCGGUCAGGGGAUCAGGUUUACACUGGGGUCAUGGUGAUGGUGCAACAGGUGGUCCAUCUGAAGAAUGAUGUCAGCACUCUGUCCGCCUCUGAGUAUCCCAGUGCUGUCAAAGCAGUGGGUGUCACACUCCGUAACCUGAUACAGAGUGUUGAUGAGAUCCUGCCAUCUUUACACUGCUCUGUCACCACAGAGAUUGAAGGCACUAAGAAGCUGCUAAACAAGGACUUAGGGGAGCUGAUCAACAAGAUGCGACUGGCUCAGCAGAACUCAGUCACGUCACUGAAGGAGGAGUGCCAGCGACAGAUGUUGGCAGCUGCUCACGCUCUGGCUCUAGACUCCAAAAACCUGCUGGACGCUGUGGACCAGGCUCGCAUCAGGGCUAACCUGGCCAAACCGAGACCGGACUCCCAAGUGGCAGAAGAUUCUGGGGAAUGAGGCCCAAACAUCAUAUUGACUAGAUUCAAACAUGUUGCAGAUUACAGUGAAUUGUGAGUUUGUAUGGGAUGGUGGGACUAUUCAUGCUAAAUAAAAUGUUUCAUAAAAAAAACAUUUGCAUUUUGUGGUGACAACUGUGUCAUGAUGAAGGUAAACAAAUCUAAUAUACAGUAUGUUUUGGGGGGAUUCUGCUCAGUCGCAGCGCCUGAUCAAUCCUCCAUCUGACUUUGUAAUUUUGUUGUGCAAUUUCAGUUGUAUAAUGUCAAUAAAGUCCUCUCCUCUCCUCUC